UCAGAAAAUGUCUACCAAUAGGUCACAACUCGUGAAUUUUCAGACAAUGUUGUGAAUACAACAAGAUCUGGAUGUUCCAAAGACUCUCCUUGUGAACACGGUGAAGAAGACCACUUCUGAUGGCAGCAGUGACCUGAAGUUUCUCUGGGUCCAGGCCCCGCUCCUGUGCGUGUCGGGAAGUCUCUCUGCCUUCUGGGAAAGUAAGUUGUCGACCUCUGGUGUCAAAACUUCGCCAAGUUUCUCUUCUUGCAACUUGAUACUGCUGCUGCCACGUCGCUCUAACUUCCUGGAGGGGCAGAACUUUUCUCCUGCAUCUUUGUACAGUAUCAGUCCGUCUGCUGCUCACGCAGCUUGCAUUCCUGGACGGACAGAAUAACGGCUCUGCUGACCACUCACAUUUGGACCUGCAGACAGAGCUGCUGGAAGCAGUCAGAGGAUGUCUUCAAAUGCAUGACUACAGACCUGCACAGCCUGGCUGAAAUGUGAACAUAACAGGACAGAAACAAUGGGCAACUCCAUCCUCCUGUUGGCCAGUGUGGCAUCCACUCUGGGUGGCCUGGUCUUUGGUUAUGAGCUGGGUAUCAUCUCAGGUGCUUUGCUGCAGCUCAAAGUGGAGUUCAGACUCUCGUGUGUCCAACAGGAGGCUCUGGUCAGCUCUUUGUUAAUUGGAGCUCUGAUGGCGUCCGUCGUGGGCGGCUUCUUGAUCGACCAUCGGGGCUGCAGGAACUCCAUUCUCCUCAGCAACAUCCUGAUCCUAACAGGCAGCCUGGUCCUGCUCGUCAGCUCCUAUUCUGUGCUGGUGGUAGGCAGGAUCAUAGUGGGCUUUGCCAUGUGUAUAUCCUCUAUGUCCUGCUGCAUCUUUGUGUCCGAGGUGGUUACCCCUGACCGCAGGGGCUUCCUGGUAACACUGUACGAAGCUGGGAUCACUGUAGGCAUCCUGGCAGCUUAUGGCAUGAACUACAUUCUGUCUGAUUCCAAAAGAGGGUGGAAGUGGAUGUUUGGAUUAGCCAUAGUCCCGACUUUAAUCCAGCUAGUCUCUAUCUGGUUUCUUCCAUCCACCACUAAAGAAUCUUUAAACCAAAGAGAGGGAGAGUCCAUGACAACCAUUGAAAGCCAAGAAGCAGAUGAUUCAAAACUCAGCAUAAAAAACACUAAAAUUCAGUACAACAGCAUGUACCUUUUUCAGGGUAAAGACAACAUGAGGACACGGACUGCCAUUGGCCUUGGUCUGGUGCUCUUUCAGCAGUUCACAGGCCAGCCUAACGUUCUCUUCUACGCCUCCACCAUCUUCCACUCAGUGGGGUUUCAGAGCAAUGCCUCAGCAGUGCUGGCGUCUGUGGGCUUGGGGUUUGUCAAAGUGAUUGCUACUCUGACCUCCAUGGUGUUUUCAGACAAGGUGGGCAGGAGGCCUCUGCUCAUCAGCGGAUGCUCUGUUAUGGCGCUGUCUCUGAUAACCAUUGGACUCCUCAGUGGACAUUCUGUGAUGGAUGCUACGAGGCCUUGUAAUCCUGAGGACUUCAACGUUAACACAACAGAUCUACCUCAAUUAACUGUUAGUGGUGGUCGGUCAGUCUUUGGCACGCCUUUUGAUGAGAACCAAAGGCUCCUUAAUAACAACACACAAGGUCAAGAUGUAGUACUUGAUGACGUUAGACAGAAAUCACUGGACACUCCUCUGGCAUCUUCUCCUCAAGUCCAUGACACAGUAGUGAACUGGAUCAUUCUCGUGUGUAUGAUGGCUGUUGUCAGUGCAUACUCCGUUGGAUUUGGACCAAUGACCUGGCUUCUCCUGAGCGAAAUAUUUCCAGCUGCUAUCAGAGGAAGAGCUUUUGCAUUCACCAACUGCUUCAACUGGGGCGCCAACCUGCUGGUCACGUUCACUUUCCUCAAUUUAAUUGAUGUGAUCGGUUUGUCUGGGAUGUUCCUCUUGUACGGGAUGUGUGCCGUGGCAGCUGGAAUUUUCUUCUACUUUAUGCUACCAGAGACCAAAGGGAAGACUCUGGAGGAGAUAGACAAGGAGCUGCGUUUAAACAGGUUUCACCACAGCGAAGAAUGCUGUGGCAUCCUCGGCUGGAGAAACGCUUCCCCGCAGUACCAGAGAGUGCACUGUCAAGUCAGCACCUCAGAGUGAUUCGAAUGACAUGACAGGCAUCACAUGGAAGGCCUUACUGAAAGAGAAGAACUUAUUAUGUUGCACUUAAUGUGUAGUAUAUAUGCGAAUGUUCAUCAAAUGUGUUUAUUGAGUGAUCACCUGUUGUGUUGCUGUCAAACUGUGUUGUUUAAACAUUUUAUAACCUUC